AUGGCAGACGCGGCAAAGAAGGCAUCAUUACUUCUUUUUGUUCGUCAGGUGCUAGCGCGCGAGAAAGCCUGUACUAAAGGUGGGAUGCAAACAAUGCCUGAAACGUACGAGGAUCUUGGCGAUGGGGCGUUUCUGUACCGCAUUCUCGCUUGCAUCUCCCCAGAGACGUUUCCGGAUGCCGCAGAGAUUGCCGAACAGGCGGAGUCGAGUCGGCAGAACAGGGUGGUGCGGAAAGGGAACCUUGUGGCUCUUGUGCAACACAUGGACGAUUAUGUUCAUCGAUUUCUUGAUGCACCGGAUACGUUGAGUCUCACGCUUACACUUCGGCCAGCGGACAUUGCAAACUUAACAGCGUUGAGUGGGGAGUUGAAGGCACCGUUGACAUCCGACGUGGGCAUAGACAGUUUAAUGGAGCUGACAGACAUUUUUCUUGUCAUCGUUGUUCUCAGCGGGAAUCCUAUCAUACUGCAGGCGGUGAAGUCGUUACCGCACGCGGAUCAAGUGGCGUUGUCCAACGCGGCAAAGGCAUGUGUCACCAAAUACGCGCUACGUCCUCGGCGGCGCCACGAGACACUAACGUUGGGGAACUCUGCUCCCUCCAGCCCGUAUCGUGGCGUCACAAUAAAGCGGAGUGAGCCGUCUUUCCACUCUGGCCUUUGCUCUUCCCCGGUUGUGGAUGAAGCCGCCUUCACGCAAGAAAUUUCACAGCUUCGUCGUGAACUGGACGAUGCGAAUGCCAAAGUGGUGGAACUUGACGCCAAACUUCACCUUACCAUCACAGAGAAGCAGGAGUGGGAAUCAAGGUACAAGAAUUUGCUCGCGGAGGCUGAGCUCGGACGCACGGCCGCUGCCGGUGAAGAUCAUUUGCGGCAGCUCUUAGCAAAAAAGGAGAACGUUGUCCAGAAGCUCACAGCAACAAUUGAGGAGCACCAGAAAAGAAUUUCAGCGUUCAAAGAGGCUACUGCGGCACAGGAGGCGGCUUUAGGUUCGUUUAAACGCAAACUCAAACACACCGAGGAGGAGUUAAUGAGGAAAAAUGUUGAACGGCGGGAAGCAUUGGAUAAGCUCAGUGUUGCUGAAGAAAGUUUGAGUGCUCAGAGGAACGCCCGAACGGAACUAGAACGACAACUGGAGGACAUGCGCACGGAGUUGGCUCUCUUGAAGGCGGAGUGUCCUAAUAGUAUGGACCAUGGUGAGGUGUGCUCGAAUCGAUCGUUUGGUUCAAUGAACUCCAUUGAUCGUGUGGUACAGCUUGAAAACGAAUUGGAUGAGGCAAGAAGUCAAAAAGAGGCGGCUGAGCGAUUACUUCAUGUUCUUCAGCGACAAGUUGCACCACUGCCAGCAGAAGGAUUAAAAACCUAUGCUGCAGUGGACGCCUUAAAGGCCCAGUUGCGGCAGGCCGAAAAGGAGAAGGGAGACUUGCGCAACCAACUAGCUGCAACUAUUGCAAAAUUGGAAGACGCACAGAGUCAUCGGAGAGGUUACGGCAGCACGAGUGCUACUGACAGUGAGACAGAGAGCCUCUUGAGAGGAGGAAAGCUCAGUGGAAGAGAAGUAGAGAGUCUGUCUGAACGGGACGUCACGGAGGCGUUUGUCCAGCAGAUUCGUCCAUGUGAGAACCAAGAUGGGAUGCAUCGGGAGAGGACUUUACUUGGCUCCACCUUGCUGCUUUUUGGCUAUCGCAACUUGAUGCUGCAGCAGCGGGCUAUGCUGACGAACAGCAGUUCGUUUACUGUUUCUGGUGACGAAGAAGACAAGAGCAGUGGGAGUGUAUGGACCACAGGGUCCUUCUUGACACGUCAUCGACACGAGGUGGAACAGGGCCUCUCAGCUUUGGUCUUGAACCGCGGCAGCUGA